AUGGGGCCUCCUGCCCGCGAGGAAGAAGGUACAGACGGAUCAUCUCCUGAAUCCCCAAGAAGCUGCAGAAACGGCAGUUGUCCUCAGUCUGGCUCCCUGAUGCCACUUCCACUACAGCCUGCUGGCACUUCUGCACACCAUGAAAGUCAAAGUGCAUCCACAGGAAUUGGCCAGCUUGGUACUGCAGGUCAUCAAAUGCCAGCAGUGUGCUUCUGGCCCCGAAACACCAAGUGCCUCAUCCAGGAGGGCCUGAAUGCAGCACCUGCCUCACCUCCUGAAUCCUUAGCCCAUGGAGAUGUCACCGUGCCUCCUGCAUCGCUCCAGUCACUCUCUCAUGUCAAGUACAAGGACUUCAUUCGCUGCCUGCCAGUUUACCUCUCCCAGUACAUCCUGGGGCUUUUGGAUCAAAAAUCCCUUAAAGCUUGUGCUGCUGUGAGUAGAUACUGGGCUUUUCUGGUGAAAGAAGUCGAGAGGGAGCUUGUAUGUCAAGGCUUAGUGCAGGAGGAGAUCCGGUAUUUGCAGGGAUUGCGCCCUAGGGGAGCAGUUUCCAACUAUGCUAAAAUAGUCAAUGUGACAAUUCCCCAAUUAAAUGAAGAGGGACACAUCAUUGAAAUGAAACGCCACAGCUGUGAAGGUAAAACAAAGGAGAAAGAGGAGGAGGAAGAGGACAAUCUGCAGGCAGCCUAUCAUGAUCUGCAAACUGACACGAUCCAGCUGGAAGAGAGGAAUGUUUUCUGUGGCUCCUACAAUAUUCGUGUCCUCACUGACCGAUCAGACCAAAACAGAGUAAUUCACUACAGCGGUGGAGACUUGGUAGCCAUUGGCUCUACAGAGCGAAAAGUGAGGUUUUUUGAUACAUCAGCAAUGAGAGAAGUGCCACCUCUGCUCUCUGGCCAUGCUGGAAGCAUCAAAGCACUGCUCCUUGAUGAGAAGAAGGGGUUUGUUUUUAGUGCAAGCUUCGACCUCAGCAUCAGAUGCUGGGAUAUAUACAGUGGUGCUUGCAUGAAAAUCUUUAAUGGUCACUGUGGGACAAUCAUCUGCUUGGAUGUACAUGAAAGGAGGCUUGUGUCAGGAGCCAGAGAUGGGAUGGUGAAAGUGUGGAACUUGGAUAGUGGGGUAUGUCUCAAGACUCUAAAACACAACGAUGUUGUUUGUGUUGUUAAAAUGGAUGGGAUCCAUGUUGUCAGCGGCUGUGACAGAGGGCUGGUGAAAGUCUGGCUUGCUGAUACAGGUGCUCUGGUCAAAAUAUUGGAAGGGCACCAAGGCCCAGUGAAGUGCUUGUCCUUUGAUCGGUGGCAUCUCGUCACAGGAAGCUCUGAUGGAUACGCCUUGGGAUGGAGCAUGGUGGGAGACCUUAAGAGGUGCCUAACAGCUUUCCGCCACCCAAAGGAAGUUCUGUCUCUGGAGUUUCUCUAUCUCAGAGUUGUCAGUGGCUGUGCUGAUGGAAAGAUUCGUAUAUUUAACUACCUGACUGGAAGCUGCCUGAAAGUGUUGAUGGCCAGUAGCAGAGGGGAACCAAUAUCAUUCUGUGUUGCAGGAAACAGGAUGGUGAUCAAUGCACCCAGUAGCCUGCUGAUGUUCCAGUUUGAGGAUGUCAGGUGGGACUAUACCCUAGCUGCUGACCGAGAGAUGGUGCGGAAGGAAAAGCAGGAGGCCUGUCCUCUGAGCAGAGCACUGUCGCAUUCCCAGCAAACCAAGUGCCACGUCGUCGGCCAGAUGCAUCGCCUCGCUCUGCAGACGCGAGAUGCUGACCAGCUCAUGCAGUCUUGCUUGAUCCGCGACCGCCUGCCGAAACACUGUGGAGUGCCUCAAACUCUCUACAAUGAACUGAAAAAAACAGCAGCUUGCAAGCAACAGGAGCAUUUGCUUGAGAGCACAAGGACUCUCCAUGUUCAGGCACAGCAACAGCAGGAGCUUUUCAUUCCUGAUGGCACAUCUGAAUAUGGCACUCCUGUCUGUGUACCUGAACAUCCCGACAUGGCAGAAGCCAUUCUGCAGCACAAAAAGAAAAAGGACUCAUAUUAUCCAGUGGCCUCUUAUAAGUUCCUCUUAACUGUCAACAUGCUGCGGAAGAGCUGCAAGUCAUCCUUUGCCCGCUCCAGUACAAAGCCUCCUAUAGCAACUGGGAAAGCAUGGCAAGCUCCGCUGCAUCAGCAACGACGCCUUGAAAAAAGGCAAAUAUACAUAACCCCUCUGCAGCACAAAAAGGAUCAGACAGCGCGGCUCCAACGUGUGAGAUCUCGCAGUGACUCUCUGACUAUGAAAAGGAUUUCUACACCCUUCGAAACCAAAAUGCUGCAGCUCAAACUGAAAAAUUCUUUGCAUGGACCCACUGUGACUUCCUCCAUUCCUGCUCCAUGCAUUGUACGUCCCAAGACAUGUGGUGGUUUGCUACAGGAAAAGAAAGCUCAUGGUGGUCACGGUAAAGUCACUCCUCUCCCUGAAGAGCGGGGUCAGCUUAGCAAUCCCUGUACAACUUCUGAACUGAUCAAAUCAACACAUGCAAGGAUGGCACAAAUGAAAAAUGAAGCAGUUUACGGGGGAAAGAAGCCCUUCCGUGCAUGUGCUGUCCAGACUGACGGUGGGUUCAGGCUUCUGACAGGAAACCAGAAGGAGGCACAUGAGGCGUCUACUAUAGCUCAGUGUCAGGCAAACCAGGCAAAGCUCUUAGAAGACCAUCAAAAAGCAUGCAAGAAGGCCUGGUUAAGGAAAACUAAAGGCCUACCCACAGACUCUUUUACUAAGGAGGGGAAGAUAGCUGCUCCUGAACUUGGACCUAAUACUUUUAUCUGA